AUGGCACGACCGUUUCCUACUACCUUUGACGAUGGCUCGCCAAUGUCACCGCAGUCCGCAGGAGGAAGCAAUACGCCCAUCUCAUAUCGCGCCGACGUCAAUCGCAAGAAAACGACCAAAUGGACUCAAGCGAAGGCGGUAGAUUAUGGAGGAGACGAUUGGGGAGACGAAGAUGAUUAUGGUUAUGGCUACGAGGAUCCUGCACCGCAAGCCCCCGUGUCGAAGCCCACUGGAUUACGACAGCAAGGUCAGGUUCUGCCAAAUCAGCCAAAAUCGGAGCAGUUUAGUGUUGACAGUAAAAAAGCCUACGGACAGCUUCCAGGAAUCCCAGGCGCAACAAACAACCCGAGAGAGCGAUCGAAUUCAUUUGAUGCUGGGGAAGAAAGGAACUUUUCGAAUGCUACAAUUAGACAGCCUUCACCUGCUCCGCGCGCAGCCCAUACGAGCGGUCCCGCAACAAGAUUUUCUCAGAUCACUGGACUCCCAUCUACUCGCGAUCCCUCUGGACCUCCGCCUCUCUCCAUCUCUACUCAGUCGACACCUACUACUGGACUGCGAAAAGCAAGCCAGACAAUAACACCAGUCGCGGAAGUUUCGUCUCAAGACAUACCCGUUAGAUCGAUUGAACCCACCCAUCAAGUGAGUUCGAACCCUGCAAGUGCGAUGACACCUGGAUCAGAUACGCGGACGCCAUCAAGUGAUUUUCAAGCCCGAAGAGAUUUCUCUCCAUCUGCCAUGCCUCAGCCAUUGUCUGCGCGUGCUUCCCCUGCCCCUGCAAGUGAUCGAGAAAGAUCGACAUCUGGUACAAGAUUUCCAGCCCGAAAGAGUAGCUUAACCCAAGCUGUAAGACCAGAUCUGGAUACGGUUAUGCCACCUUCAGCGGAUGCCACUGCGCCUAAGCCAUGGGCGAAUGCUGGUAGAUCUGCUUCACCUGCCGGUGCAAUGAGAACUCCUACAUCACCAAGCAGCGCUGGCAAAAAUCUUCCGUUCAUUCGACCAGCUGACAUCUACAAAAAGGCAGAGGAAGAACGACAAUCAAUGGAAUCUGGUAGACCUAGCAUGGACUCUUUAAUGGGCAAUCGAAACACUAUUGAUUCCCCAGUUAAGCAACGUGCAGGCAGAAAUAGCUGGGACGACGAAGGUGCAGAAUCCGGACGACGUCUACAGCCUAUGCUUGAUACAGUUACUGAAAGAAAGAGCGAGUAUGGGUUUGAUGGCUUCAGUGUGAACAACCAACCUGGGGACUCAAGUAGCGCUCCGAGGUCAUCCGGAGUAGAUAACCUGGCAGUGCAGGAUGAGCGCAGACAGUCGACAAGUCCUAAGCUGCCAGACCUGAAUCGAAUAUCUGGUUUCGGAAUGGAUAUGUUUUCGACACCAUCCGGUUCAGAAUCGCAACAGCCUGUUAAUGCGCCUGUCUCCGCUCCCACAAGGAGUGAAAUACCGGCGUCUCAGCAGACUGGUCACUCGCUUCAUAGUCAACCCUCUAUCGGCUUGCGCUCCGUCGUACAACAAGCUUUCGACCAAACUGACGACUCAUCAGUGCCGCCCACGCCUGCUUCGCGUACCGAGAGUGGAAUUCGUCGAACUGACAGUGAAAGCACAGGCACGACUGGGAUCAGUCCGAUUAUGAGCAGGGCACCAAGCGCCGCGGUAGCUGAGGGUCGGCAUCCGGAUCUCUCAACGCCUGCUGUCCUUGAAGUCGUAAACGAAGCGAACUCACCUGUAAGAGACAAUAAAAACACCGGUACAUUGGUAGCUCAACCUCAGCCUGUCGUACCCGGCUUCAAACCAGGUCAUCGACGCGACAUCAGUACCCCAAGCCCUGGAAAUAGCCCAGCUAGAGCUCCGGACUGGGGAACAUCAACAAGCAACGCACAAGGCUAUGAGGCUUAUCUUAGUGACCCCGAUCGGCAACCUCAGUCUCAUGAGGAUGCUGCUCGCCCUGUAGCUGAACGGGAACACAGCUUUCGUCCUCAUCUCCCAGGAGGUUGGAACUCAUAUGCAGCAUCAACUCGAAGCGAUGCUACUCAACAAAGUAUUGAACAGGGUCAAUCGAUGCAGCAAUUUCCACAUGAGCCAAAAAGUCGGACCAGCGUUGAUGACGACGAUCCUGAGCUAACUCCAACCACCACAAAGCAGCGGCUACCCCAAUCUACCCUUGGUGGUAUUCUUGCUGGGCCUUCUAUGGAAGGAGCCGCCUCAGGAGCCGCGUUUGGGACCCAUGACGGAAAUCACCAACAUGCGCAAUCUUCUGCGAUACCACCCCGAUUUGGCGGAUAUGAUGAUCUCCCUACACCAGAUCCUGCAAUGGCUCCGAGCGGCAGUCUUUAUUCUAAAGUCCCAUUAGACCCAAGACUUUUACCAAAACUCGAACAAGCUCCAGCGGAAACUCAGCUACGUCCAGAUAUUGUUCAUCGAGCUGGUUCGUCACAGUCAAGUGUUGCACCUACCCCUCCACCAAAAGAUACACCUCAGAUGCAAACGUCUGCUGAAGCCCCCAGCUACUUCUCUCCUCCAGCGGAAUCUAGCAAGCCGAAUGUUUUUGAUCGAACCGUAUCUGAUGAGACCAUUGAAACUACGAAUAGACUGCAACAUGUGUCAACGAUGAGCUCUGAUGCAUCGCCAGAAGAAGAAGAAAGCGAUCGACUUCGUAAGGAGAUCGUGAAGCAUCUGAGCCCGCAGCCCUCGACCUCAACUCACUACGAAAAUUCACUGCUAGGAACCCCUGGGGACGAGUCUGGUGGCCAGAGAGAAAGUACAUACCUACCUUCCGAGUACGAUAACUAUUGGGCGUCUACGGAUAAUGAUGAUGGUGCUGUCAAACCCACUGCACAACGCACCAUGUCCGAUGAGAGUUCUAACAUUAAUGUUGCAUCUCAUCCAGCGAGUAAUGAGGUGGAGAGGCAAUCUGUUCCACCACUCAAUACCCGAAAAUCAGAUUUAUCUGAGCCUCCCACAGCUCCUAAGCUACAGCAAAAAUUCUCGUGGGAGCGGAGUACUGAAGCAUUCACUGAUGCUGCAGCCCCACCGUACAGAGCUUCGGACACACAGGAGGAGGGUGAACAAAUUCAACCCACUGUUGCCUCGAGCACAGCCGCUGGAGUACUUUCGUCACAUGAACUUGACCAACCAUCCCUCUCACCUGACGAACGUGACCUCGACUUGGAUAAUUCUGUUCAGCUUGCCGCACAAAUACCAGCACCUACCUACAUUGGACUGGAGCUUGACGAAAGACAGCCUCCAACGCCCGAUAGUCAACCGGAGGAAAAAACACUCGGAAGAAAGUCAACAUUUCUAACUGGAGGUGCAGUUCUUGGGGCUGGUGCUCUUGGGGCUGGAGCCGCAGCAACCAUGACUCGGCCUGCUGCUGGGCAAGAAGAUUCGUCACUAUCUCUCGCCGAAGAAAAACUCCCUCGAUCAUCUUCAUAUCCGGUCUCACCAUCCCCACCAGAAGAAGACCACCCAUCGAGGUCACCUGAUCCUUACUUUCCGUCGACUACCUCUCAGGCACCCCUUCCAGACACUACAGCUGCAGCGACAGUCAAUCCGCCUUUGAACCAACAGCUCCCAUCUGGUCUCAUGCAGUUUAAGCAGAUUGGACUGCUGCCUUCCUCCCAUCAGCGGAUUCAAGCCUACAACUCUCAACGAGAACUCCAUGCACAAUUUGAUCAUGGCUUACAAACUUGGAUGGCUCAACUUCAAGCGCAAAAUCCUGAGCACGCAGGCAUGGCCUCGAGGUUUGGACAGAGCGCUGGAGGUAUGCAGCAGCAAGCGCCGUAUUAUCAACAGCACCCGAAUGCAAACUCUCCUAAUACACCUGCAUCGGCUGGUGGUUCGAAGCCCGGACCAGGGCCAUCUAGUAGUACACAACAAGGCUUGCCACUUCCAGGAGGUGGGAAACUGACAGGUCAACAAGUACAAGCCAAGGGGAAAGAAUUUCUACAUACUGCUGGUAUAUUUGGAGGCAAAGCCGGCAAGGCUGGAAAGGGAUUGCUUGCAAAGGGAAAGAGUCGAUUGAGAGGCUCAGGCGGAGGUGAAAAGACAAGCCCACCAGCUAAAACCAAUCCUCAACGUCGCUCAUCAUGGGGCCCCCUGAAAACGCUAUCCCGCUCUUCCGGUCAACCUGAUUCGGACAGUCAGCAACCCAACCUAUCAACGUUUGAGGGACAACCUUCACAAACCUCCACCAUACACUCCCAACGCAAUUCUAUGUCUCAGCUUUCUAAUUUCAGUGGUAAUGAUCGCGCUGCUUCCACAGGCGGAGCCUCUUCUGCGCAUAAUUCUCCAGCACCUCAUCGCAGCGCCCCAUUGCUAUCCCACGAGCUUCAUUCAACGGAAGAUGUAGAGCCAGAAAUGAAAGAUAGCCACGGCCUGGCUAUACCGGCUCCAGUCUCUAAAGAUCAGCCGUCUUGGGAUGGAUUCAAUGCCACCCCUAUUGCUGAAGAGGACGCCUUUCAUUACGACAAGCGCGAAGACUCGGCCGCUCCUGUGUCACAGCCAAACGAACAUUCACAAAAUUUAUACUCUGAUAUUAGUUCGGUUUCUCAUUCCCAGCAAGUCGUAUUCGGAGGCGACCAUCCCGAUGCUGUUGAUACUGAAUUCAACCCACCACCAAAUGACUCACCUGGGGAGACCGACUGGGUGAUGGUGUCGCCUCAAACGGACUCGCAUGAUACGCCCGCAGCUACAUUACCCGCAGAGGCUCAAGUGACCCCUACGCUUCCAGAAUCCAAGAACGAUGGCGAAUCGCCAACAGCAGCUCCUAUUCUAACAAGCCAGUCAAGCGCGCAGGCCAACUCAAAACCUGACGCGCCACGUACGCGGGCAUCCUCGAAGGUAUCGUUAUCGAUCCCUACCAGCAGUCAAGAGGCGUUAGCACUUAUCGAGCCAGAAGUGAAUCCACCUCUUUCAUCAACUGUAUCAAGAACGGAGACUUUCCCAGACUCUGAUUAUAUUCCUAUACCUCCAAAGCACGCUUUACAUCAUAAGCGAGCUUCCUUGGAUCUUGUAAAACGGGCCUCAAUUGAUCUCAGAGGACCUGAACACCAGUACUCAGCUCCUCGGGAUGUCAGUGAGAUACCGUACGAUAGAACACAAAUGACCGCCGCAGGUGACCGUGAUGUAUCCCCUGAGCGGGACGUCAACCCAACAAAUGCAUCUUGGCUAAGUUCAGGACCAAAGUCUCACAGCAGAAAUGUCUCCAGCAUCAGUGUCUUAGAUAGGCCUCGUGGAGUGACAACGGUUGGGUCAGAAAACCCCGUUUCUUCGGCAGCUAUCAGUCCAAUAAACGCAAACUUCGCAGGACCUCACUCUUCCCCCAAACAACAAACCCGGAAUUUGAACGAAAGCCAAUUGCCACCAGAUUCUCAGCAACAAGGGAAAUCCACCUUUCUUCCUCCUAUUCGUCGAACGUCUACGUUUGGUAUUGGGUUUGGGCCUCGUCAGAAACAGACAAGAUUCCCAAUCGAAGACGACGAAGACACUUCCCGAAGGACGUCUCAAGAUUGGAACGACUCGAGCUGUCACGUUGAUCACCAGCAUGGCGAUAACUGUAUAGCAGUCAAAAAUGCUCAAGCGGUGUAUGAGAAUAAACGUGACUCGCAAACAAGCCUCGGGCAAGAUCCUACGUUGGAACAUGCCUCGAUCAUACAGUCCUCUCCUGUAAAGCCAAAGAUGGUUCGAGUAAGCUCUUCAGAACAAAGUCCGCGUGGACUUGUUGCGCAACAAUCCGACCCCAAUUUCUCGGCGCGAGCGGUCAAUGGCCAGCCUUCAGCUACGAAUCGUCGGCAGUCACAAGAUUCGUGGCGUCCAAAUGCAGCCUCCCCCUUGACCGAGCCUACUCAAAUUUCAAGGGCUGAUGUGCCCGUAUCCCAACCACGAGCGUCGUGGGAACCUCAAAGAGCUCGAGGCUUUUCUGGGUCCACUCCACAGGGUGCAUAUGGGGAGCGUCCAUGGGCAAACUCGCCAUCCAAGCCUUUCGAGCAACCACCGUCAUCCGCUCAACGAUACCCGGGCCUUUUCCAGCCUAACCUAGAUCGAGAUGGUGGAGACUUACCUGCUCAAUAUUACCAGCAACCUAUCGCUCGUGAGGAUGCAUUCUUGCCUCGGCAGCAGACCAACGAGUAUCAAAUUUCUGGUGUUGGUCCGCCAACCGAAAGACCCCGUUCAAACUCGUCAAGACGUAACUCCAGGGAAUUUUUCAGGGAGCUAUCAGGAAGAUUGUCUCGUGGCACGUCUCGAGAACGUGCUUCAUCUAGGUCUCGAGAUGGUGUUGUGGCUACCCCUCCACGGCCCUUCAGUUCGCGUGGUAACGAUCAAUCAGCGUCUAGUAUUGCAUCAGAAGAGGCCAGAGAGCAGCAAAAACGGCGUUCAGGCUUCUUUGGUGGUGCGAACCGCGCAUCUACAGCUGGCUUGGGAGCACCACAGAGUCGAGAAAGCGUAGUGGCACAUCACUCAGGUUCUCGAAGCGACCUGCUUUCAUCUGGAAGGCAAUCGCCUGCCCCGGAUGCUAAGAAACGCUCUUUCUUCGGAAGCUCAUCUACGAGCGCAAAACCAAAGGGUAGUAAGCUUGCAAAAGCUGCGACAUCUGGGAACCUCGAGGAUGGUGGUAAGAAGAAGCGAUUCUCCGGCUUGACAGGAUUAUUUGGAAAAUCUGACGGGGGCUCUAAACCUUCAACUCCGACGGCGGGCCGAACUGAGGCGUCGAGGACCUUUUCCAACAACGAAAAACAAAAUUUAUCCACAGCUCCGUCAAAUCCUGAUAUCCAGUCCGCAUAUGUUAGCACUCCACAAUCGGCCAGUACCAGGCCUGCAAAUGGUCAACGAGAAUUUUCGGCGAGUAGUAGUAAAGCUAGCAGACCAGUAGCCAACGGAAGAAGGUCUUCGAGUCGCUCGGGACUCUUUAGCAAGUUUGGUGGUAGCGCUUCACCCCAAAAUGACGGUACACCUAAAUCAACUGUCUUAGAUUCGAAAAGCAAGAACCGUCGUCCUUCUGCUUCAGGACUGUUUGGCGGCUUUAUGGGAAGAAAACAGUCAUAUCCACAGGAACGAGAAAAAACCGACGAGUCUCGAUCGCAGGCUAGUACAAGCAACACGCCCCAACCUUUACCGCAGGCGCAAACUUACACCGACUUGGAGGAAGAGCACAAGCAGCAAGAACAAAAGCAGCAAGAGCAAAUGCGGCAAGAGCAAGGGCAAAGGCGACAAGAGCAAAAAGGGCAAGAACUGUAUGAUCGGCCCUAUCGGCUAGAAAGCGACCCUUUCAGCGGGCAACAGCAUCAACAGACACAGCAAAGGCGUGGUCCAUCUGGCGGACCUGAAGGCGGGUCACAGCGUGGUCGGCAAUCCGCUCGGGAGCCAGAGUAUGAUAAUGUCCCUAUACCCGGUGGUUAUAAUCUUGUGCGCGGUCAAGGGGCUACAGCUUCGCCUACAAAUUAUGACCCGAGAGGUGUUAAUCAUCUACAACAAGCUCUAAAUCCCAGCCACAUGUCACAACCAACGCAAUCUCAAGCUGGCCAACCCCAGAUGUAUCCGGCUCCGUCUCGUGGCCAGAGCCAACAUGAAUCAGCGGUACCAUUCGUCCAUAACUCUACGGGUAACCAGUCCAAUCCUACCAGCUCGCCAGUUCAAGACUAUCCCACUGAUCGUGACGGCGCUAAUUUUCAGAUCCAUGCGCCACAUUAUAUUAGUCCAACUCAGACCGCAUCUCGUCAUAAACCUCCAAGCUUUGGUGCACUUGAAACUUAUGAGACAUAUCAAGCACGUUCAGCUGGUCGUCGUAUCAGUUCCGAGGACGUAUUGGCACGCUCUCCAGCACGCUUGGCGGAAGGGCAACAGAGACCAUAUACACUUUCUCUUCCCGGAGAUGAUGAUGAACAACCACCUGCACCCAUCAAGAAGGAUUCGCCAGUUGUAGCUUCUAAUCCUCGUUUCUCAAGCGGACUAGCUUCUCGGGAGCCGGGCCAUGCAAUUGCUCAACAUCAUCAGAACCCGACAAUUAAUCAUCCAAGUUCUCCAGCGAGAUAUGGCAAUAAUGGCAGGCCAUUCUCACCUUCAAACCACGCCACAAAAGAUCUUCCUACACCUCCUGUGAUGCCACCGAAUUGGGAGUCUCAGUCUUCACAUCUAGAUCCUCAGUACACUUCAGCUAAUUCCCCUCUAUUAAAUCAAGGCGGAUUCGGUGUUGAUCGGUCAAACACACAUCGCACUACCGUCUCCGCUGUCUCACAAGUUUCUCACCUCUCAAAUAACGAUGAUAGCCCAAUCCUCGACCGUAGAGCCAUGCAAGAUAAAGACGAGGGUGUCUAUCAAAACUCUAGGAGAAGAAGUAGUCUAAGUAUUACACCAGAGAGGAUGGUCAGCCCUGAAAUACCCCUCGACCAUAGAAGAAAUCUCGAUGCGGACAUAUCUCGCGAUACCACACCCUCGGCGCAAAUCAAAACUACGGAAUUAAUGCGCAGUGCAUCACCAAAUAUCUACGACGCCUCGCCGCGACUCCCAGUAACCCACACCCUCACAGCACCCUCGCCAAAACUGAGCCCUAAAGUCUCGCCCAUCCAGACCUCAUUCCCGUCUCCCAAACCAGUAGCACCUAUACGCAUGGUCUCUCCCGAGCCAAACACCCUCGCGCCCGGUAGCCACAGCACAAGAAACAGCUUGACGCCUGCGAGCGAGGAGAAGAUCUUCGCCGGCCAUGCUCCGUCGGGAAUCGUCCACGAGAUGGAUGCAGAUCCGACGCCGAGCAUGAGUGCUACCUCUUACCCGGGCCAAGAAUGGAAUCCCUACUCUGGAGGCUGGGAUGAUGGCGUGGAAUGA